AUGAAGAAAACUAUUAUAUACAAAGAAAAACCUUCAUCAAAUUCAUCAGAUGACUAUUAUGAUGAAGUGGUUGAAACAACAUGGGUUGUUAAACUGGGUGAUAAAAAUAUAACUGAUAAAGAUCUACUCAAUUAUCUUAAUAAUCAAACAAAAGAUGAAGAUUUAUUUGAACGUAAGAAUGAAAGUAAAAAUUCAGAUAAAAACCCAACAGAAACCGAAACUUCCUGGUUUACAAUGGGUAGAAAUACAAAUCUAACAGACAAAGAGAUUAUGAAGUUCUUUGAUAAUCAAUUGGAUUUAGACGACCUGUUAAAAACAGUUUUACCAACUGGAAAAGAAAAAACACCUCCACGUGAAGUGGUCUCAAGGAAAGUUUGGAUCUCAGAUAAUCUUGACAAAGAGUUAAAAGAAUGGAAUAUUGACAAACUUGUACAAGAUACAUUUAAAGAUAUAUUAAAACAAAAUAAUGCAUCCAAUAAUCUUCCGAAUCAUUUUAAAGCUGCCAAAACUUACGUUAAAAAUGUAGUUAUACUUUAUCAUGUUUAUGCUAAGAAUGUAAAACUGAAAUUCGAGGAAAAUAACGAUCCAGUUGUUUUUACAAAUCUGCCUCCACCAUUUAUUAUCAUCACCAGAUAUUCAUCUGUCCUGUAA